AUGAACGCGAAAGCAGCUCAAUCCCUGUUUGGAGCCAUCGCGUCAAGCAAGAAGGCGCCAACCAGAGAAGAACCUGCUGUUAACUUCAAGAGCACCAACGAGUCUCUCAUCAAGAAAAAUCUUCAAUUAAAACAACAGCUAUCACAAUGCACCAAAGCUUUGGAGAAGCUCAGAAACGAGAACAUUGCUUUGAGAGAACAGAAUCAAGAACUGAUAGAUGCGACUCUGGACGAAAAAAUGGAAAGAAUAGUCGAGCAACGUGUCAAAAGUCGGCUUGCCCAUGCAGCAGUCCUACACAAGAAACUUGUACAGAACAUUCAACAAACCGGACUCGAAUUGGGUGGAAUAUUCAAAGAUAUGGAACCGGAGCCAAGUGGAAUGGUCACUCGACGAGCACCCAAAAUGGAAUGCAAUUUAGAAAAAUUGGAUGAAUCUCCGGUACGUAAUUUCCCUCGGAGCGACUACGAAGAGGAAAAUAAGUCUCCAAUGGAUAUUCAAAACGGACCAUCUUCAUCCUCAUCGAUGACUCAAAACCUAGAAAAUGGAACUCCGCGCAUGGCACAGAGAGCUUCUAAAGGACGACGAAGUGAACUGUUCCAUAGUUUACAUGAGAACGUCCCAGAAGAAGCAGCUCCAGCUGUUGGAUAUAAGCGAGCACCACUACUGAUUGCACCUUCAGAAACACCUGGAGGACCACCUAAAAAAGCACCACCGCGAAAAGCGCCGACACCUAGAUUCAAGAAACCUUCAACACCCGCUCCUGCUCCGAUCUCCGAUGAUGCUGAAAUGCCAUCCACCGUUCGUCGUCAACGGUCUGCCAAGAUGAACAUCAAGUCAAUGAAAGAGCCAAGUGUCAAUUCCAAGCUGCGACGACCUGGAAAACAUGACGAACCAAUGCCAUUCAUUGACACCUUUUUCUAA